AUGCGAUCCUUCAUGUGGCACGCGUCCAAGCUAUUCGCCCCCAAAAACUUCACCCGAUCCAUGUCGCAGUCCACUUCCAUACCCAAAAAGCAAACCCGAGUCCGCGACCAUGGCUACGACAACUACAUGGAAAUCGAGAAAAAAGUCCGCAAAAUCCUCAAAUUCCAGGACCUCAUCCUCUCCCAGCACAACAGCAUGAUCCCCGUCUCCCGCCUCGACGCCCUCGCCCGCCGUAUCGGCUUCAAGCAGCUCGAAUCCGGCCGCUUCAUCCUCAAAUUCCCCCACGUUUUCGAGGUCUUCGAACACCCGGUGCAGCGAAUCCUCUAUUGCCGCCUGACCCGGAAGGCCACCUCGCAAAUCCAGCAGGAAAACGAGGCCCUCCUGCAGCAGAUACCCGACGCCGUGACCCGGAUUAGGAAGCUGCUGCUGAUGUCGAACAUGGGCCGGAUCAGGCUGGAGCAUGUCCGCAUAGCCCGGAAGGAAUUCGGGCUGCCGGACGAUUUCGAGUACUCUGUAAUCCUAAAACACCCGCAGUAUUUCCGGUUGUUUGAUGCCGACGAGACCCGGAACAAGUACAUCGAGGCAGUCGACAAGGACCGCACGCUAGGUGUUUGUGAAAUUGAAAGAGUGAGAGAAAUGGAGUAUCGGGAGAAAGGGAUGGCAGCCGAAGAUGUCCGGUUCUCGUUCAUAGUGAAUUUCCCGCCCGGUUUCAAGAUCGGAAAGUACUACAAAAUUGCGGUUUGGAAGUGGCAAAGGCUGCCUUACUGGUCGCCCUACGAGGAUAUCUCGGGUUACGACCUGAGAUCGAUCGAAGCCCAGAAGAGGAUGGAGAAAAGGGCUGUUGCUGUUAUUCACGAGCUUUUAUCCCUGACCGUGGAGAAAAAGAUGACCUUGGAGAGGAUUGCGCAUUUCAGGAUGGCAAUGUGCCUGCCUAAGAAGCUAAAGGAAUUCUUGCUGCAGCAUCAGGGAAUCUUUUACGUGUCGACCAGAGGGAAUCACGGGAAGCUGCACACAGUUUUCCUGAGGGAGGCGUAUAGAAAGGGUGAGCUGGUGGAGCCGAACGAGCUGUACCUGGCAAGGAGGAAAUUGGGGCAGCUGGCAUUGAUUAGCCCGAGAAAGGCGAAAGUGGAUAAUCGAUUGGUGAAUUACAGGAGGGGUGGGCUGGAUGAUGAUGAUGAUGAUGAUGGUUUGAGGGGUGGUGUUGGGAGAGGCUAUGUUGAGGGUGAUUUUGAGAUGACAAAGAGAGAAGGUGGAAAUGAAUCGGAUGAUGAUUUUAGUGAUGGUGGUGGGAGUGAGAACGAAAGUUUUGUGGACGACUGA